UUUUUUUUUCUUUUCUUUUUUCUUUUCUUUAACGCACAUUCAAGAUGGACCACUUUGAAGGAGCGUCUCAAGACGAUUUUACCUUUCUAGAAUAUUCAGCAGAUACUCAGUCUUCACAAUACGAAUACAGCGACUUUACUCAGACACCUCAAGAACACCAAGUUGACCCUGACCUUUCUUUAUCUUCACUCAACUUGAAUGACAAAAGAGACGAAGACGAAAACGCCCAAGCUAAUGGUACCACUUCAUUUGUAAACGAUUUCCAAUUUGAAGAUACAGACGAUUUUGGUGAAUUGGUUGUCAACAGGGAAGAGAAAGACUUACCACCUCAUGCCUGUAAAUACUGCGGUAUUCAUUCACCUGCUUCAGUUGUCAAGUGUGUUACAUGCGACCGAUGGUUUUGUAACUCGAGAGGAAACACGUCUGGAUCGCAUAUUGUGAACCAUUUAGUACGCGCCAAACACAAAGAAGUAUCUCUUCAUCCUGAUUCACCUUUAGGAGAUACUGUACUCGAAUGUUAUAAUUGUGGAUGUCGCAAUGUGUUCUUGUUGGGUUUUAUUCCAGCUAAGAGUGAUACUGUGGUUGUCUUGAUUUGCAGACAACCUUGUGCUGCUGUACCUUCAUCCAAAGACAUGAAUUGGGAUACAACACAAUGGAUGCCAUUGAUUGACGAUAGAUGCUUUUUGACUUGGCUUGUCAAGAUUCCUUCAGAUCAAGAACAACUUCGUGCACGCCAAAUUUCAUCUACUCAGAUCAACAAACUCGAAGAAUUAUGGAAAGACAAUGGCGAGGCUACAUUAGAAGAUUUAGAAAAACCAGGCGUUGAUGAUGAACCACACCCUGUGUUGUUGAGAUAUGAAGAUGCUUAUCAAUACCAAAACAUUUUUGGUCCUUUGGUGAUGAUGGAAGCAGACUAUGACAAAAAACUAAAAGAAUCUCAGACUUGCGAUGAUAUUGUUGUGCGCUGGGAUGUCGGUCUAAACCAAAAGAACAUUGCUUGGUUUUAUUUCCCUAAACUGGAGAUGGGUGAAAUCAAAUUGGCUGUAGGUGAUGAACUCUGCCUUCGAUACCGUGGUGAAUUGCAUGAACCAUGGCAUGCUACUGGCCAUGUCAUCAAAAUCCCUAAUAAUGUCAGUGACGAAGUUGCUUUAGAACUCACGCGUGCCAAUAAAGCACCUACAGACUGCACUCACAAUUUCUCAGUUGAUUUUGUCUGGAAAUCCACUUCGUUUGAUCGUAUGCAAUCUGCCAUGAAGACAUUUGCUGUUGAUGAGACAAGUGUGAGUGGAUACAUUUAUCAUCGUCUUUUAGGCCAUGAUGUAGAGCCUCAAGUACUCAAGACACAAAUGCCCAAGAGAUUCUCUGCCCCUAAUCUUCCUGAACUAAAUCAUUCUCAAGUGUAUGCUGUCAAAUCAGUCCUUCAGAAGCCCUUGAGUCUCAUUCAAGGUCCUCCUGGUACGGGUAAGACAGUCACUUCAGCUUCGAUUGUGUAUCAUUUAGCCAAAAUGAAUCCUGGUCAAGUCUUGGUCUCUGCUCCCUCGAAUGUAGCUGUGGAUCAACUGGCUGAAAAGAUCCAUCAGACUGGUCUCAAGGUCGUGCGUAUCACUGCCAAGUCAAGAGAAGAACUUGACUCCCCUGUUUCGUUCUUGACACUUCAUGAACAAGUUCAGAACAACGAUACGAAUGUCGAACUACAGAAAUUGAUCCAUUUAAAGCGCGAUCAAGGCGAAUUGAGUGCUUCUGAUGAAAAGAAAUACAAGUCAUUGAAGCGUGCUUGUGAAAGAGAAAUCCUGCAAAAUGCUGAUGUGAUCUGUUGCACCAGUGUCGGUGCAGGUGAUCCCCGUGUAGCCAAGUUAAGAUUCCGCACGGUCUUGAUUGAUGAAGCCACACAAGCGUCUGAACCCGAAUGUAUGAUUCCUCUUGUGCUGGGCUGUAAGCAAGCUGUGCUUGUGGGUGAUCAUCAACAAUUAGGUCCUGUUAUCAUGAACAAAAAGGCUGCUCGGGCUGGUCUUUGUCAAUCUCUGUUUGAGAGAUUGGUCAGUCUUGGUAUUCGUCCUAUUCGUCUUCAAGUACAGUACCGUAUGCACCCUUGUCUUUCCGAAUUCCCCAGUAAUAUGUUCUAUGAAGGUACACUUCAAAAUGGUAUUACGACACAAGAACGCAUCAGAAAAAACGUUGAUUUCCCUUGGCCUGUGCCUGAAACACCUAUGAUGUUCUAUGUGAAUUUGGGCAAUGAAGAAAUCUCUACUUCUGGUACAUCUUAUCUGAACAGAACAGAAGCCUCCAAUUGUGAAAAGAUUGUUACUCGCUUUAUGAAAUCUGGUAUUUUACCCUCUCAAAUUGGUAUUGUGACUCCUUAUGAAGGACAGCGUUCGUAUAUUGUUCAAUACAUGCAAUUCAAUGGCUCUUUGCGUAAAGAUCUCUACAAGGAAAUUGAAGUAGCCAGUGUCGAUGCUUUCCAAGGUCGUGAAAAGGAUUAUAUUAUCCUCAGUUGUGUUCGUUCCAAUGAACACCAAGGCAUUGGUUUCUUGAGUGAUCCUCGACGUCUCAACGUAGCUUUGACCCGUGCCAAGUAUGGUGUUGUUCUACUCGGUAAUCCCAAGAUUUUGAGUCGACAUCCCUUAUGGCAUCAUUUAUUGGUUCAUUACAAGGAAAAGGGUUGUCUUGUGGACGGUGCAUUAAACAAUCUUCGUGUCUCUAUGAUCCAAUUUAACCGACCUAGAAAGACUUAUCGUAAAGACGACAAGUUCCGACAAGGCCUUGCACAUCAAAUUGAUGCAAGGGAAGCCUUUGCUAAACCACCUUCCGCCACAGACAACCGUCGCAGUGGCAAGGGCUAUGGCCAAGAAUUCAUGCAGACACAUGAUCCUGUAGGCUACAUUCCUUCUGAAGUAGGGUCUUUGCCUAGUUCAGAAUUCAGCAUUCCUUUUAUUCCUUCUGCUAGUGGACCCUUUACACAAGAUUUAUCUCAAUCCAGUGUGUUCAAUCGAAAGAACAUGAGACAAGCAGGUGAAGAAGAUCAUUCCCAACAACGGUACGUGCCUGGAUCUUCUACUUUUGCCAACCAUGCCAUGGGUUGGCAACAAAUGGGCUCUCAAAACUUAUACAGUAGUCAAACAUCCAUUGGUUUAGCAUUAUCACAAAGUGAUCGUUUGCGUAUGAUGAGCGAAAUGGCCAGCCAAAAUCCUAGUAUGAGCCAAGAUAGUAUACAAUAUCCUUAUGAAGAUUACAAGAGCCAAGACGUAUCUUCCAUGAUGAGUCAAGACUUUGAUAUUCGUAGUCAAGCAAGUCAAUCAUUCACGCAAUUUUAGAUUGCUUAAAGACGCACUGUUUCUUUUAUACUCUUUCUAUAUUAUAUAUAUAUAUAUAUUCUAAUUAUGACAAUCCAAAGACGAGUUCUUCUUAAGGCUCGUUCGUACAAGCAAAGAAAAAAAAAAGAGAUAGGAGUGUCUUUUUUUUUUUCGACAUGAUAUCAUGUCUAGAAACUAAAAAAAAA